GUUUCUGCCAACACACAAACACAGCAGGCGCUUCUUGUGUGAAAAAAGAGGAAUGGAGUGAGCAAGAGGAAGACUGAGGAACUGGAGGGUGAAAAGAAACAUCUGAAGAUCAGCCGGCUCUCCCUUGGAGGACUCUUUGGUUGUUGGUGCUUUACUCAAAGUUCCAUAACUGGAUUUCUGGAAAACGUCAGAGAACUGGAUUUGUUCAUUGAGAAACAAAUGGAUUUUCAAACAACUUGGGCAAGCAGAAAGACCAGAUCUGAAGAAUGAACAUCAACUGCCUCCAACUCUUUAAUGACUCUUUAAUUGCAAACUAAGCGCCAACAGACCAAACACACAACGCUUAUCAGCAGAUGGAGAGAACGGAGGAGGUGAAGUGUGGCGGAGCGGCCAUGUCGCUGCCGGGGGAGCUGGGCAGCCUGCAGGGUGGGGGGGGAGCCGAGGGCGAGGUGGGGCUGUCCUCUCUGGAGAAACAGCUGAUCUGCCCCAUCUGUCUGCAGCUUUUCAGCAAACCCGUGGUGAUCCUGCCCUGCCAGCACAACCUCUGCAGGAAGUGUGCCAACGAGCUGUACCAGCCCUCCCUCUUCAGCGCUCGUACCACCAUGCAGGUGAGCAGCGGGCGUUUCCGCUGUCCCUCCUGCUCACAGGAAGUGAUUCUGGAUCGGCACGGGGUCUACGGCCUGCAGAGGAACCUGCUGGUGGAGAACAUCAUCGACGUCUACAAACAGGAACUCAGCAACAAAAGCAACGCCACAAGCUCCCUCCCCCCUCCUCCCCCGGCUCCUUCUGAUCAUGUGACCUGUUCGGACCAUGAGGGGGAGAAGGUGAACAUCUUCUGUCUCACCUGUCAGGUUCCCACCUGCUCGCUGUGUAAAGUGUUCGGGGCUCAUCAGGCCUGUCAGGUGGCUCCUCUCUCUGACGUCUGCCAGCAGCAGAAGGAUGAUCUGAGUGAAGCGGUCAGUUCUCUGGUGGCCUUCAGCGACAAAGUCCAGGCUUUAAUCAAUAAGCUGGAAGAGACCUGCAGGAUCAUAGAGGAGAAUAGUAAGGCUCAGAAACAGAGUGUGUGUGAGAAGUUCAACCGAGUGAAUUCAAUCCUGGAGGAGAGACGAAAGGUGAUGAUGCAGCGAAUCAGCUCGGAGCAGGAAGAGAAAACAGGCCACGCCCAGGCACUGAUGCGUUGCUAUGGAGACAGCGUGGAGGCCAACAGCAAACUGAUGGAGAGAGCAACGAGCAGCAUGGAGGAGCCUGACAUGGCCGCCUUCGUUAAGAAUUCAAGAGAGCUGAUCACAAAAGUGAUAACAGCGAGCAGCUCCUGUCCGUCAGAGAAACUGAAACCAGGUUUUGAGAGUUUGAGUCACUACACAUUUAACUUCAGUCGACAGGAGCGAGCUCUGAAGAGCAUCGACUUCUUCAAAGUUGUGGAAGACGUACCUGAAGAACCCAAAGUAGAACCAGAACCAGAGCUCAUUGUGCAGCAUGUGGAACCAAAGCACCAUCAGGAAACCUCCACCAACAGCCCGCAGUCGGUAUUAAAAGCAGUUGAAGAGCCGAUCGCAGCACUGACCCCCCCUCCAGAGGAAGCAGGUCUGCUCAGGGGCUUUGAGGAGCCUGAGGGGGAGGUCCUGCAGACGGAGACCCACGACCCGGGAGUAAAUGACGCAGGAUCGGGUCUGCUGAAGGACCAAACUGAGGAGGAGAAAGAGGACGCUCCUCAUCCCGUUAAGGAGGGAAACAUCUUUGAAGAGCCGGAGGGGAUGAGCACACUACAGGCGGUCACUCUGCUCUUCUACCUGCUGGCCUUCCUGGUCAUCCUGCAGAGGGUUUGGGCUUACAUCGGCUUCUUCAUCUGCACAUAACACCAGCAGGAGAACAUCCACCCUCACUGCGGCUCAGCUCAGAUGGAGACUGAGACAGGAAGUCCUGCUCACAUCGGUCCUCCUCUCUCCUCCUCUUCCUCCUCUUUCACCCUCAUCGAGGCUCCUCAUCGACCCAGCUUCAGCUUCUCGUGGCUGAAGACCCUCCACAAGAAGAAUGAGAGGAGAGAGAGAAGCUUUUUAGAGGAGAGGUUGUGCUGAGGAAAGAAAGAAAGACAGAAAGAAAGAAGGAUGCACUCCGGAGUCAGAUUGCUCAGUGGUGCCCUAAGACUGAACGCAUAUUGUACUUGGAUAACACUUCAGAAUGAGUGUUAGUUUUUUGAGCAAUCUGUUAUUUUUAAACAUUACUUUAGGUCUGUGUGCCUAUAGGGGAAAACACUGACUUGGUUGGGCUCUUGGGUAAACCGAUGGAAGAGAAAAAUAUGUUUCCCUUUCACAACAAAGGUCUUCACAACUUUCAAGAUUGUGGUUAUAUUUAUCGUAAACAGAGGAGUACUAACACUGAAGACAAAAUGGUAGUUUAGUAUUCAUGAUGGUAUUGUAGUAAAGUAGCUGGGGUCACUCAAGUACUGUGUAAGUUUGACAGGUGAUGUGUGCCUAAGGUCAGAAAUGGGGAGAAGAAUAGUUCUUAAUGUUAGAAAAACAAAUGUUUCAACAGUAUGAUGGUGAAUGUUUUUAAAUUAAGUUUAAAGAAGUCCAGUUUGCACCACUUAAAGUGUGUGCUUUUGUAUGUCACGUGUCAUUCAGUGUGGUUGGUAUCUGUAUUCCGAUUUAUUUGCAGCAGGUUUUAUGUGUAUCUGUGUGUCUGAGCACUUUUUCCUCCGGAGUGUUUGAUGUUUUGUAAGCUGGUGUUUUUGCAUAAUGCAAGACAUCAGAUGUUUGAUUGAUAAAUGUAAGGAUGGAAUAAAUAUUAUUUUAUUCACGGACACUUGCUCUA